AGGGAGUAAAAGUACGAGAAAAUGGCGUGUGUCGUAAAUUUAGGAGAAUAUGCACUAAAAAAGUGUCAACAGUGGUGUUGAAUACAUAGGAAUUUAAGUUAUUUAAUGAAAAAUACAUCCUUACAAUAUGCAGGGUCAAGAAGGCCUCUCCGGGUCUUCCGACCACAGACUGGCGUUAAUUCACGAAAUGAGUGCACAUAACUUUGAUUUGAUCAGGUUUGCUUCUUAUAGAACUGCUACCAAGUUGAGAUUUAUACAGAAGAAAGUCAGCUUACAUGCCGUAGACAUCUGGAAUGUCAUAGAAGCCUUCAGGGAACAAGGCUUGCAUGCAUUGGAACCUUCACAGGAACUAAGCGUGGCCAGAUUGGAAACGCUGCUUUGUUCUUUAUACCACAGCUUGAAUAAGAGGGCGCCACCAACACAACAAGCACAUGUUGAUGUUUGUGUUAGUUUGCUGUUGAACUGGAUACUGGCUGCAUAUGCUACAGUUGAUAAUGUCGGAAAGAUCAGAGUGUUUUCAAUUAAAGUAGCUCUUGCUACCUUAUGUGCUGGCAAACUUAUGGACAAGCUGCGUUACAUAUUCUCGCAAAUAUCCGAUAGCAACGGCUUGUUAUUACAAUGGAGAUUUAAUGAAUACCUACAAGAAGUUCUGGCUCUUCCGGCAGCAGUUUAUGAAUCUCCGACUUUUAAUUAUACCGACUCACUUGCCAAUUCAAUUUUUAGUCCGAAUGCAAAGAUCACCGUCAAUGACUUUUUGGAUACUAUGAUGUCUGAUCCUGGUCCGCCAGCAUUAGUUUGGUUACCACUGUUACAUCGUCUAGCUAAUGUUGAAAAUGUUAUUCAUCCGGUCCAAUGUGAUGCUUGUCAAAGAGAAAACUUCACCGGGUUUCGUUAUAGAUGUCAGAAAUGUCCGCAUUAUACGCUUUGCCAAGACUGUUUUUGGAGAGGUAGAGUCUCAGCACCCCACAUACUUGAACAUCAAGUGAAAGAAUACGCUUCCUUUUCGCCCAGUAAAACAAUUGGACAGUCCUUAAGAAAAUCCUUUCGAUGUGUUCCUGAUAAACAGAAAAAUAAUUUACCAAGGUUUCCGGAGCAACCCGAGAAAACGCUAAAUCUCUCUCAUAUAGUUCCUCCUUCUCCAAUUCCUUCACACAACGGUUUUCCAGAUGGCAAUUUUGCAGCUUUUGAUGGCAUGGGAAGUUUGGAUAGCAGAUCGACGGCAAGAAGUUUGGACAGUGCCCGAGACGACGAGCACCGUUUGAUAGCGAGAUACGCCGCGAAACUAGCCGAAGAGGCACGAUCUGGAAUGCCUCGAGGCGGUUAUAGAAAACACUCACUGUCACCUGAUGCGGGGCGGGUUCCUUCCGAAGCUUGUCUGGGAAUGGAUUCUACGAGAGCUCAGAGGGAACUUAUCAACCAACUUGAAGCAAAAAAUAGAGAAAUUAUGAGAGAAAUUGCUAGACUGAGGCGACAACAAGAAUUAGAAUCUAGCGGCCAUGGUGCCGAUAAUCCAGUAUUAAUGAACGAACUGAGAGCUUUAAGAAUGAGGAAAGACGAACUAGAGACCCAUCUGACAACGUUGCAGGAUUCAAGAAGACAGCUGAUGAUGCAGUUAGAGGGACUUAUGAAAAUGUUAAAAAAUCAUCAAUCAUCUCCACGCAGCACUCCAAACUCUUCGCCGCGCAGUACAAAAUCCCCACCUCUUCCCCCGGGCGUUCAACCUUCGACUCAGGCAAAUCCCCGUAGCGCUCCACAAACCCCGAUGGGUAUGCCGCCGUCUACCAAUGCUUCGAUGUCAAAUUCCAUUCCACCGGUUAGCCAGGGAGAGCGAGAAAGGGAUAGGGUGCAGCAUAUACCGCAUCCGCAAAGUGCUCAACACAUACCACAUUCCCAAGCCAUGAUUUUGGGCAGCAGGGAGCAAAUGAAUAAUAUGUCGCAGGAAAGAGGGUACAAUACAGAUUCAUUGGUUGGAGUGGGUGGUGAUGUGAGGAGUGCUUUUGGUGGUUCUUCUAAUAUUAAUUUAGGUAAUGGUAACGGAACUCCAGGUUCAGUGGGGCGUUCCUUGCGAAACGAUUUGUUGGUGGCAGCUGAUUCCGUGACUAAUGCCAUGUCGACUUUAGUAAGAGAAUUGAAUUCAGGUACUGACUAAAAAAAUCUCAUUAUUACAAAACGCUUGUUGACCAUACGCUAUUUUAGUUUUGUGUUGAUUACUUCUAAUUUUUUUUUAUUUUUAUAUUAUUUUUGUAUAAAUUAUAUAUUUUUAAUUUGUUAUAAGGUGUUUUCCUAAAUAUAGAAUUAGAAACUUCUAAUAUUAAAAAUGAAUCCUCUUUUAUAAUUUUUUUUAUAUACAUCGUUGCUCGUAGAAUUUAAAGAAUUCGAUUUAGUUGGUGCUCCACCGAUUAUAUAGGUUAUCUUGUCUUACAAUUAUUCGUUUUUAAGGCAGAAUCUUUAGUUUUAUUAAUAUAUUUUGUUGUUGUGUUUAGAGGCUCUUUACUGAUUAGAUUUUUAUCAAUAUUCCCCUUUCUAUUUGAAUUUGCUCUACUUUCUUUAAAUAUUAUAAUACAUCAGUUAAAUUAGGAUUCAAUCUGAAACUAGUUGCAUCCCGAGAACUCACCUUCUCGUUUCGGUGGUUGUAGAAAUCGAAGAUAUGUUAAUCCAGAA